UCAUCUGAAUUUGCCUCAAGUUAAAAAUGUUGGCAAACAGUGGAAAAGACAAACCACUAAUAUGAAAACACAUUUUCUGAAUCCUCAACAGAGCUUGAACCUCCCGGACCUCAACGGACCGUUAGCUCCAUGCAGCUCUGCUCUGUGAUGAAGGACAGAUGAUCCAGAGCCACUGGUCAAUGACAAUGCAGUUCUGCAGCUGCGGCUUUAAUCUGCAGUCACGUUGUUUCACACCAGGUAAACACCUGAACUUCACAUUUUCAUUUCCUUCAACUUUCCACUGAAUCCUCGUGACAUGGUGCAAAUGUCGAGGAUGUAGAAUAAAACAUGUUCUCACAGUAAAUCUCAUUUCUUCAGGGGCUGCAUGAUCCGAGGCUGCAGAUCUGAUCCUGCCACGUUUUCCUCCAAAUCACCAGCAUCACCACCAGCAGCAGCAUCACCACCAGCAGCAGCACCAGCAGCAUCACCACCAGCAGCAGCAGCAGCGGGUGAUCAACUCACUCGUUGGCUGAUGAGUGAAGAGACCACCUCCCCCCUCUGCUGCUCCACUAUCGUAGUAAAACACGCUCCGCAGCUCGCCGCCAUCAGACGCGCACCGUGGCACAUCUCCAAUGCGCAGUGUGCGUCUCCGCUGCUGAGCUGGUGGAUCCUCUCUGUCGCCUGUGAACCCGGAGCCUCUCACUGGAGGAAACUGCAGAUAUCCAGGCGCCGGAUAAAAGACAAAAAACCCGCAGAACUGGUUUCAACUCUGUGGACGUGUGUGUGUGUCUUUUCUCUCAGAGAGUGCGGGAUCAUCGCCUGUGGUUCACGCGUGUUUUACCCACGCUCCAUCCCUCCUGCGUGGAGUUGAGAGGCUGCAGAGGACGGAGCAUGUAAAGCUGCUCCACAGCUGCAGGAGGACGAUGCGUCUGCGCUUUGUGCCAUUUUUGGCUUUUGAGGAAUGGACUCUUCUCCGGAGCUGCCCCCGAGACCAACCUGUGCAUUGUGUGUGUCUGUGUGUGAGGAUAUGAGGUAACACUUCGUGUGUGUGUGUGUGUGGGUUGUGGCAAACAUCAGCUCUUCUCGCCUCUUCUCUCCUCCCUCCGCCGCAGCGCGUCUUUAAUUGGAGCGACUCUGGAGCGUCUUAAUUGAUGGAGAUCGGACACUGACGGAGAGUUUCCCAGUUUUCCAGUUUCCCCGCAGGCUGAACCACAACCAUCCAGCUGCAGUGUGGAUGUUACUCUGCUCCUCUGCUGCAGCUCUGUUCGGUCCUUUCCAUCACUGACGAUGCCGGUGAACGCGUUGCCCCGCGGCGGCGGCGGCAUCAGCGGCCCGGGCUCCUUGAGCCCCGCGUCGCUGUCCCGCAGCCUGUCCCGGCUCAGGGAGCACCGGACCCGGACCAGGAUCAUGCUGGCGCUGGGGGUCUCUCAGAUGGUGCUGGGGAGUCUGAUCCUGGCCGUCAGCUUCGCGGCUCUGGCUCUCACCACAUCACCCAGAGUCCGACACUCGUGUCCCUUCUGGGCAGGCUUCUCUGUGUUGCUCUCUGGACUCAUCGGAGUGGUGUCAUGGAAGAGGCCGCUCUCUCUUGUGAUCACAUUCUUCAUGCUGCUGUCAGCAGUGUGUGUGAUGCUCAACCUGGCGGGCUCCAUCCUCUCCUGCCAGAAUGCUCAGCUGGUCAACUCUCUGGAAGACUGUCAGCUGUGUGGAUGUGUGUUCCCCCCUCCUCCCCACCAGCUCAAGUUUGACAGCGAUGGAGUGUGUGUUUGCUGUGAGCUACAGCAGCAGAGCUCGAGCUGCAACAACCUGGGCGAGAUGCUGAAACUGAAUCCACUGAGGGACUGCAACACAAUACGCCUACGUCUCAAGGAGCUGCUGUUCAGCGUGUGUGCCCUCAACGUCAUCUCCACCAUUGUGUGUGCUCUAGCCACAGCCAUGUGCUGCAUGCAGAUGGUCUCGACUGAUGUGCUGCAGAUGUUUAUGCCACACAGAGCACGAGCCCUAAAUGCUGACUGCAUGACCCCCCAUGGAACCAUCCUCCACCAAACUCUGGACUUUGAUGAGUUUAUUCCUCCCAUACCUCCUCCACCGUACUACCCCCCAGAGUAUACCUGCACCCCCUCGAUGGAUGGACAGAGAGGGCUCCACCUGGACUUUCCCCACUCUCCCUUCAGUGCCAUCUACGGGGUGCCCAUCAACAGCCCUGGGACCCUGUACCCAACGGACCUGCCGCCUCCAUAUGAGUCUGUGGUGGGGCAGACCCCUGCCAGCCAGGUCACAACCAGCAUAGAGCAACAGGCCACUGGGUCCAGUUUAUGUGAGAGAAACACCACUGCAGGUCUCAGCACUCAGGCCUCAGUGGACAGUGCAUCACUGAUGGUGUCCGAGGUGGCUGAUCAGGACCAGACCUGCUCCUCAGAGGACUUGUGCUCCCUGGAGGUCCAGGGCUCUGACUCCUCUCCUUACGGCACGCCCCACACCGCCCCCACUGAUGGAAGCUGCACCAGCCUGGAACUUUGUACACGUGACCCGUCACGUUGCCAUCGUGGCCUGCCUAGCAUGGAUGUUCGCCCAUGUGACACCGGAUACAGUGAGUCUUCACAGACCCAGGAGUCUCUGGAACGCUCUCCAGACUGGUCUUCAGAAAACUUUAGCAAUCUGGACCAGGAGGACUCCACAGACAACACACACCCCUGUGAGGAACUCAGUUCCAAAGUGCACAUCUGUGACGAGCUCGCCUCAGCCAAACAUUUACCAGAGGAGCCGCCUAAACCGCCGACACACUCCCUCAUCAAAGCACGAAUGAUGAGCAGGAAGCUCAUGCUCCCUGUUGCUAUCCCCCCACCACCUCAGCCUUGUUCCCCCACCUCAGUGGCUUCCUCUGGUGGAACUUCAGCCAUCAGCCCUUUGGCCCCUUCUCCCUCCCCUUCCCCUCCGAGCAGACCACGCGGCCCCAGGCUGUGUUUCAGUGUUUGGUCACCCUCAUCGACAUCACAACCCCCCUCUACCUCAGCUCAAAGUGGCUACUCACCCUCAGAGAGGCCUCGGGUGCUGCGAGCAGCCAGGAGGUACCGCAAGCUGGCACGCAUUGUCCGCUCCACCAGUGACCCUAUCUCCUGCUCCUCUGCAACAGGAAGAGAAAAUAGUGGCGGUGCCUCUGCCACUAAUCCUGCUGCUGAAGCUUCAGCUCAUACGUCACCAGAGCAAGACAUGACAGCAGAGGUUGGUGAAGCUAAACCGGGUCACAUAUGUGUCAGGAAGCAGCAGAAAGAGGACAGGAAAACUGACAUCCCCCUCAAACCUCGAGCCCUGCACACAAACUCCUCCAACGAGCGCCCACACUCACUGGCCGACCUCAAGAUGUACAAAGACACCAAAAUAUUGGUUGCCAAGUUCCUGGAGCAUUCAAACUGCAGUCUACCUCCUGAGGUCCAGCAGGUCGUCAACAACAUCAAGUGCGUCAUCAAGUCGGACGAGAAACACAUGGAGGAGGCCAUCUUCAGUGCCAAUGUCAUAGAUCAGGUGAUGACCCAGCGCAUCAUCGGCAGUCCCAGAAAGCGAGGCUGUGAGGAUCUUCACCUCCAGAGCUGCGGCGCUUUGAGCUCAUCACCGUCCCCUUCCCUGUGCCGUCCCAAACACCUCCAACAAACAACCAGCGCCUCCACCAACCCACUGGACUCCCCCUCAUCUGAACAAAGCCUUGAGUACAGAGAGACUAUUCUCUGACCUUCCUCCCAACAAGGACUCGGGUGAAAAAUUCUGAGGGCAUUUCAGUGAGCAAGAGUUGCAGACACGUUGUGCUGUGCCACAGAUGUCUGUAGAGUGAUCAGACACUGUGAGAUAAUUUAUUUGUACAGUGUGACAGCAGCAUAGGCAAACUGAAAUGCUCUCACAUUGUAUCUCUUAGUGCCCUGUGAGACCGUGCCAAGUCAUCAGCAGAAAUGGUAGCACACUCAGACUGAGCCUGCCAGUGUCUGUAGAGGCUUCUUUCUCAUCAGAAAAUCAAAAGAAUGUUUCUCCCUCAGGGGAUCUUUUCUACCGAGUCUCAUCUCUUCAAAAAAUGUACAACUGGUAAGUUUGUCAUUGAAAGAUUUCCAGUAUUCCUCGUCUUCAUAUGAAGCAGAGAGAAAUAUUGUUUGUAUUAAACUGUGAACUGAACUGAUGACGUGUUACUCGCCAUCGUUUGCAGACUUUGUGGAACUGUUGCUGAUUGGGUGGUGAAUAUUUUGUGGUGUCGCUGGUUUCAAAAACAUCACAGAUGUGGAUUAUUUAACUUACCUCAUUGUGUUGCGAUUCUUUUCAGUGUUACAAUAAAAUCAGAG